CGUAGCACAAAUUAGAAGCAUUAAAGGCCCAAAAUGAAGAAGAAGAAGAAGAGGGUGUGUGUCUCCGUGCUCCAAGAUCCACAGCAACCAUGAACAACGGCGACCAGAGACGUUUAAACGGCGAACUUGAAGAAGACGAGGAAGACGAAGAGAACAACGAUGGCCUCGCCGCUUGGGAAAGAGCUUACGCCGACGAGCGCUCCUGGGAGUCACUGCAAGAGGACGAGUCUGGGCUUCUUCGCCCCAUUGACAACCAGAGCCUCCAACACGCCCAGUACCGCCGCCGCCUCCGCGCCGCCAGCACCACUCGGAUACAAAAGGGUCUCAUUCGCUAUCUUUAUAUCGUUAUCGACCUCUCCAAGGCAGCUUCAGAAAUGGAUUUUCGACCUAGCCGAAUGGGUGUCGUUGCGAAGCAUGUUGAGGCUUUCAUUAGAGAGUAUUUCUACCAGAAUCCGCUCAGUCAAGUAGGCCUUGUGACUAUAAAAGAUGGGGUUGCUCAUAUCUUAACGGAUCUCGGUGGGAGUCCUGAGUCUCAUGUUAAAGCUCUGAUGGGUAAACUGGAAUGCUCAGGCGAUGCGUCCCUGCAGAAUGCACUGGAUCUUGUUCAAGGGUAUCUGAAUCAGAUUCCAUCCUAUGGUCACAGGGAAGUUCUGAUCAUGUAUUCAGCGCUCAGCACCUGUGAUCCAGGUGAUAUAAUGGAAACUAUUCAGAAAUGUAAGAAAUCUAAAAUUAGAUGCUCAGUUAUUGGUCUCUCAGCAGAAAUUUUCAUAUGCAAACAUCUGUGCCAAGAAACUGGUGGCUCCUAUUAUAUCGCAUUGGAUGAGUCACACUUAAAAGACUUGAUAUUGGAACAUGCACCUCCACCUCCAGCAAUAGCAGAGUUUGCAAUUGCUAAUUUGAUAAAGAUGGGUUUUCCACAAAGAGCAGCAGAGAGCUCUGUGGCAAUUUGCUCAUGUCACAAGGAGGCGAAGGUCGGAGAUGGAUACACUUGUCCAAGAUGUAAAGCACGGGUAUGUGAGCUACCUACCGAAUGUCGCAUUUGUGGGUUGACACUCAUUUCCUCACCUCAUUUGGCAAGGUCUUAUCAUCAUCUGUUCCCAAUUGUACCAUUUGAUGAGGUCUCUCUGUCACUAUUCAUUGAUCAACAAAACAAAUUACCUAAAGCUUGUUUUGGCUGCCAACAAAGUCUUCUCGGUCUGGGAAACAAACCUGGCCUUCGUGUUUCUUGUCCAAAAUGCAAGCAGCACUUCUGCCUUGAUUGUGACAUUUAUAUUCAUGAGAGCUUGCAUAACUGCCCAGGUUGUGACAGUACCAGGCAUUCCAAGAUACCGACUGCUAAUGAAGGAGGAUAAAGUACUGCUAACAUGGAGGCAGCUCAUGAUUGUUUGUGGUACCAACACUAAUGUGGAGGAUAAUUACUGCCAUAGCUGUACAAGAAACCAAGGACUAUUUUUUUCCCCCAUACAGCUAUAGUUUGGCUUUUCUUGGUGGAAACUUAAUACAAGAGGGAUGCAAGUAUGGAAAUGCGGGUAUAGGCUCAGUCAUAUGGAUCUGAUUCGUACCUGUAGUAGUUUGACAAGAUAUGCCAUCUUAGUCUAGACUGCUUUGUUUUCUCUUGAAAUUGAUUGACAUAUUUUCGCCUCUCAAUGUGUCGGUAACUUCUUAGAUAAUGUUCUAUUUGACUCGAUCUGAAGAAGUUGAACCUCUAUUGUGAGACAUCAGGAGUCAGUUUAACACAACUUUUGGGGUUUCUUUAGACA